GUUGCAUCCAAGAAUAUUAACCAACCAUCAGGAUUCACCCUAUUUUCUCUCUGUGUCUGUCCGCCGUUUCAUAUUUUAUUCCAUUUCCUUGGUAUUUGCCUUAUAGAACGUAACGACCUUUGUAACUUAAUCCCAACACCUCUUCUUCCUGCAAACUACAAUAUUAUUACAAGUUUCCAGGAACCAUUCGCUUUGUUGUAAUUCAACUUAAAGUUUCUUGGUUAAAAAUGGAUAGGACAAGGUACGAAGGUAGAAGAAGAAAUGGGACAGUUAAAGCUGCUGUUAAUAUUUAUGGAGAGAGGAUUCUUGAUGGUAAUUUUUCACUGAAGAAACCCCAGGAGGAUUUUCCAGAGAAGCCUUCUUCAAGAGCAAGAGAGCUUCAUAUGGCAAGAAGGGAUAUGAGUCGAUACAAAGAGAGUAGAAGAGCUGCAGAAUCGGCAAAGUCUAAAGCAGAAUCUGAACUCUUCAGUGCAACGAAGACAGUUAAGGAUCUUGCUUCUAUGAUUGAGGAAUCAAAUUUUAAGGCCAAGGCAAGGAUGAGAGAUAUUGAAUCUUUAAGGAAGAGUGGAAACCGUGAAGAGAAGGCAUUGGCUGUGAGGAGUAUUGAAAGUUAUCACUACGCAGAAGUGAUGAGAGAAUUGGAUUUGGUAAAACAAGAAUUGAGUAAACUUAAGCUUGAUAUGGCUUCUGUUAAGGGAGAGAAAGCACGGGCAGAGAAGGAAUUUGAAGACUCAAGCUUGAAAAUGUGGUCUAAUUCUAGCUCAGUUGAGGCGCUUAGGAAGCAAAUUGAGGCAGCUAAUGAGGAACAUGUGUUAGUUGAGUUGGCCCGGAUUGAGGCCUUGAAAGAAGUUGGAGAACUUGAAGCUCAAAGAGAAAAAGAGUUUGGUGGAUUCUCAUUUAGUAUGGAGGAAACAAAGGAGAAAAUGAAGGAAAUAAUUGAAGAGAUUGAUCAAUCUAAGGAGUUGGAAAAAAAAUUGGCUGUCACUUUGUCUGACGUUAAUCUCUUAGAAAAUAAGCUAAAGCAAGUUAAGAAACUAGACAAACGGGUUCAGAGAAGCGAUGACUUGAAGCAAUCUGGACACAGUUUUCGAAGUGCUGCAGAAGUGGAAGGUUCACCUUCGUUACAGUCAAUCACAAAAGAGUUGGAGGUAGCUAAGAAAGAAUUGGCUUCAAUUAGAGAAGAAGGGUUUCAGUAUAUGUCCUCUAUGGAUAUCAUAAGAAAUGAGCUGAAACAUGUAAGAGAAGAAACAGCAAGGUCAAAGAAAACAGGAGAGAAGGCAGAUUUGAAAGUUCAAAAUCUCAAUUCAAAGCUGCUCAGAGCAAAAUCCAAGUUGGAAGCAGUAACUGCAGCUGGAGAAAAGGCUGAAUCUAUUGUGACCAAUCUUUCCCUCACUCUUGAACAGUUAAAGACAGAAGCAGAGGCAGCAAGGAAAGAGAAGGCGCUUAUUACUGAAGACACUGCAACUAUCAAGGCAGAAAUCCAGAAAACUGAGUCUGAAAUAGACUUAACUGAGGAAAGGCUGAAGGCAGCUGUGCAAGAACUUGAGGCAGUUAAGGCAUCAGAAGCUUCAGCUCUAGAAAAGUUAAGAUCUCUAAUAGAGACUACAAUGCAAUCUAGAGCUUCAGCAUCUAACCAGAGUUACACAAUCACUAUCUCAAAGUUUGAGUAUGAGUAUUUAACUGGACGCGCAGUUGGAGCAGAAGAAAUUGCAGAUAAAAAGGUUGCUGCAACUCAGGCAUGGAUUGAAGCUUUAAAGGCUAGUGAGAGGGAGAUAUUGAUGAAAACUGAAAUAGCUAACAGAGAUCUUAGAGACAUGAGAGUAGAGGAGGAGCAUGAGGUGCACAGAACGGAGUGGUCACUUUCAGCAAAGAAAAUGGUAGAGACAGAAUUACGCAACCGGAGACAGACUCAUGAGAAAAAUGCGGAAGCACAAAACAGGCAAUCACCGUUUCGCAGAAGAUCCAUGAAAAGCAAUGGAAAUUUAACACCAUCACGACAAGCAAAGUUUCGUAAGUCUGCCCCACCUGCAAUACGAGCUGGUGGAUCGACUCCAUUCAUCAUUAAGAAGAAAAGAAAAGUGAUGCCAAAUUUGGCCAAGUUCUUUCUUGUUUCAUUCCAGAAAGAAAAUGUAUACUUUAAACAUCAUUCCAGCCAUGAGAUGUCAACACAGCAAACUGCAAAAACACUUCAAAGGAAUGUGUAAUUCUGUUUCAUCCUUUACUCUUCAAGUUUCAUAAUAUUUUCUCCGGUUAACUGUUCAGGAAAGAAUUUUAUUUUUCAGAUUUAUAUGUACUGAACAUGGCAGGUAGUUUCUCUGUUGCAGUUGCAUGAUCAUGGAUGCCAGUUUCAUAGAAAUUUACUUUCAACCAGGUGGUACCCCUUCACAAAUGAAGGUAGCAUGUACAAUGAUGUCAAUGAAAGAAGCCUCUUUGAAGUUUUCUUCUCAAUACAUACAGACUCAGAUAUGAAGGUUUGCAUCAUUUAUUUCACAAUGCACACAACCAUAAGCAAUCAUAUAUGUAGCAUUAGUCUUGCUGAACAUUAAAAAAAUUGAAUGUUGAAACAGAGAAAUGAUUAGAAAACAGAACUGUGUUUAUGUUAGAGUUCUGCGGUUUCAAGUAGUAUCUAGUAAACUGUUCCUAAGGAACUCCUUUUCUUUCUUCUUUUAAGUAUGAUAGCCAAUUCCUGAAAAUCUCAAUAUAUUGCUACCUCCACAGUCUCUAUGCAAUCAAACUAGUUGGAGCAUAAGCAAAAUAUUCCAUUCUUUGAUUUUUUUUGGAAGUCUCCUAUAAGGUUGUAAGAAAAGGAUAAUUAAAUCAUUCAUCUAUACCAAGAAUGCUGUCCAGUGGAUUAAUGCACCCGAAAAAGCCCCAUGGAGGUUGAGAGAGUGGAUCCUUGACAUCGAGAUGUUAAAAAGAAAAGUUUUCCAAUGGGAGGUUCAACAUAUCUACAGGGAAGCCAACCAACAAGCUGACAACUUGGCGAAAACAGGGAUAAGAAGGGUUGAAAAUCUGCUCAACGUUUGGGGGGAGGCAUCUAAUAAUAACGCUAGUGCCUGAGGAGAGUUUUUUCAAUGUCCCUCCUUUUUCUCCAGGUAUAGCUGCCGAGGAUCUAUCUAGAGGGGUGAUUUCAUCUUCCAUCUUUCGACUGCAGGUGUUUAUUGGUUGAAUAGGAUUUUUGGCUAAAAGGGGAUCGGCUCUUUUUUUCCUAAGCCUUAGGACUUGGAGGAGGUGAUUGGGUUAUGCUGGUUGUUUUUUUGGUCUUUUGUUCAUUAUGGCAGGUGUACAGGAUCUUUUUGCUGGUGUUGUUUUUGAUCACCUGGGAGUAGAAAAGGAUUUUGUGUGGGUAUGCCCCUUUAUUUUGUACAGGGCAUAACUUGACAAAAUCUUUGUAAAGAGGAGAAAUAUUGUUCCCGUUGAUAAAUACAAAUGAAAUUUCAA